UGGAUGCGUCAAUAAAAAUUACACAGUAGUUGUAAUUAUAACAGCGUGUACUGUAUUCGACGGUUCUCGAAAGGAUUCGCUAUGAAAGGAUUAUACACAUUGGCCGUCGUUGCCACAUUGGCAUUCCUGUCUGAAGGAAGAACUAUUCCAUCAGAAUGUGCAGGAGCGCGCAACGGCGCACUGAUUCCGCACGAGUCGAACUUCCAGAAGUUUUAUCGGUGCACCCAUGGACGAAAAGAGGAAUUCAGUUGUCCAAGGACUGCUGAUGGUCAACUGUGUUAUAACCCAGAAUCACAAAUGUGCGACUGGUCCGAAAUAGUACCUCAGUGCUAUGCACCGACAUCUGCUGCACCAUCCUCAAUUCCUACAACCGUAGGUGAUUCAUCACCUGCGUCCAGUACAGAGGAACCAGCAACGACUGAACCAUCCACUGAGGAACCAGCGACGGCUGAGCCUACCACAGAAGAACCAGCAACUGCUGAACCAACCACAGAAGAACCAGCAACUGUUGAACCAACCACAGAAGAACCAGCAACUGCUGGACCAACCACAGAAGAACCAACAACUGCUGAACCAACUACAGAAGAACCAGCAACUGUUGAACCAACCACAGACGAACCAGCAACUGCUGAACCAACUACAGAAGAACCAGCAACUGUUGAACCAACCACAGACGAACCAGCAACAGCUGAACCAACUACAGAAGAACCAGCAACUGCUGAACCAACUACAGAAGAACCAGCAACUGCUGAACCAACUACAGAAGAACCAGCAACUGCUGAACCAACUACAGAAGAACCAGCAACUGCUGAACCAACUACAGAAGAACCAGCAACUGCUGAACCAACUACAGAAGAACCAGCAACUGCUGAACCAACUACAGAAGAACCAGCAACUGCUGAACCAACUACAGAAGAACCAGCAACUGCUGAACCAACUACAGAAGAACCAGCAACUGCUGAACCAACUACAGAAGAACCAGCAACUGCUGAACCAACUACAGAAGAACCAGCAACUGCUGAACCAACUACAGAAGAACCAGCAACUGCUGAACCAACUACAGAAGAACCAGCAACUGCUGAACCAACUACAGAAGAACCAGCAACUGCUGAACCAACUACAGAAGAACCAGCAACUGCUGAACCAACUACAGAAGAACCAGCAACUGCUGAACCAACUACAGAAGAACCAGCAACUGCUGAACCAACUACAGAAGAACCAGCAACUGCUGAACCAACUACAGAAGAACCAGCAACUGCUGAACCAACUACAGAAGAACCAGCAACUGCUGAACCAACUACAGAAGAACCAGCAACUGCUGAACCAACUACAGAAGAACCAGCAACUGUUGAACCAACCACAGAAGAACCAGCAACUGCUGGACCAACCACAGAAGAACCAACAACUGUUGAACAAACUACAGAGGAACCAGCAACUGUUGAAUCAACCACAGAGGAACCAGCAACUGUUGAACCAACCACAGAAGAACCAACAACUGCUGAACCAACUACAGAAGAACCAGCAACUGUUGAACCAACCACAGACGAACCAGCAACAGCUGAACCAACUACAGAAGAACCAGUAACUGCUGAACCAACUACAGAAGAACCAGCAACUGCUGAAUCAACCACAGAAGAACCAGCAACGGCUGAACCAACUACAGAAGAACCAGCAACUGCUGAACCAACCACAGAAGAACCAGCAACUGCUGAACCAACUACAGAAGAACCAGCAACUGCUGAACCAACCACAGAAGAACCAGCAACUGCUGAAUCAACCACAGAAGAACCAGCAACGGCUGAAUCAACCACAGAAGAACCAGCAACGGCUGAUCUUCCAAGCCCUACCACCACUGAUCCGUCAACCGAAUCCACGGAAAACGUCAUAUGCCCAGAUUCAAGUUUAGUGAGACUGCCCCACGAAAGUGAUUGUAAUUUGUAUUACGAAUGCGAUCAGGGACAGCUUACAGUUGUUGCUUGUGGGAUUGGUCUAGUCUUUAACCCUACUUUAGGCUUAUGUGAUUUGCCAAAGAAUUAUCAUUGCAAGAAGCUUAUCACCGUAUAUUACGUAUGUCGCGCUGCCGAAUUUCAAUCAAUCAAUUUGGUUAGUCACCUGCAUAAAAGCGGCAACUGCAAGGAACAUGCACCCAAGGAUCCAGAUUGCUCCGCCGUUGAUUGCGGCAAGAAACGCUACCCGCACAGUUAUUAUGAGUGGUACUACGAGUGCCAAAAUGGCGUUAAGCAGGAGAAAGUGAGUCCGAGUGGUCUCCACUUCAACAACAACACCGAGAUAUGCGAUCUGCGGGAUAACGUCGAAUGCACCAAUAGCAAAGCUGGCACACGGACUCCCCACGAGUGCCAAUGCAACCAGUACUACGAGUGCAACAACGGGGAACAAGCCCUGUAGACUUGUCCCGCCGGCAAGAAUUUCGACGUAGUCAUUCUGAACUGCUUGCCCCAGGAGAAAGCCACUUGCCACAAGCGAUUAUACACAUUGGCCGUUGUUGCCACGUUGGCAUUCCUGUCUGAAGGAAAAACUAUUCCAUCAGAAUAUGCAGGAGCGCGCAACGGCGUACUGUUUCCAGAACCAGCAAUGGCUGAGCCUCCAAGCCCUAUCAACACUGAAGUCACGGCAAAAGUCAAAUGCCCAGAUUCUGGUUUAGUGAGACUGCCCCACGAAAAAUCUGAAGCAGCUUGUUGCCACUGUUCUUUAGCCAGUUAUUCACUCGUCAUGAUUGCAACGUUCGCGGUCAUUGCCACGAUCGCGAUGGCAACUGGCGUGUUCUCCAACGCGAUACCAAAUGACUGUCCACCGGACGAAUCCUCGGUGAUUAUGAGAUAUCCGCACGAGUGUUUGUGCCAACAGUAUUACAAUUGCUGGCGCGAGGAGAAGGUUCUACAAGGUUGCUUCCUGGGAAUGUUGUUCGAUCGAAACUCCAGCAGCUGUGUCCCAUUCGACGCAGCGGACUUCAGCCACUGCGACGACGAGCUGCCGUCUGCCUGGAAAUGUCCGUCAGACGGUGUGAUUACGUUGCCCCACGAAACCGACUGCACCUUGUACUAUCGUUGCCAGAACGGCCAGAAGUCUCUGCGAUACUGCAGAGGAGGACUGCACUUCGACCACCUGAAGGGUCUCUGCAUCUGGCAAGAUUCGGCGCGAUGUGCCAGGAACAUAGGAUUGAACUUGUGUCCACCUGCUGGCUCGAACAGGAGCGCAAACCUUCCUCACCCAUGCCUCUGCGAUCGAUAUUAUAAAUGUGCGGACGGUGUGCCCAUUUUGAAAAAGUGUCCGCCUGGUCUACAGUUUGACUAUGUCCGCGAGAUUUGCGACGAUCCGCAUAACUUUAAAUGCGUCAGACCUAUCCCAGAGAUUCCUACAACUACGCAAACUCCAACUACUUCUACAACUACUCAGAGUCCCACGACUCCUACAACCACACAAACUCCCACGACUACUAUAACUACUCAGAGCCCUACGACUCCUACAACCACACAAACUCCCACGACUACUACAACUACUCAGAGUCCUACGACUCCUACAACCACACAAACUCCCACGACUAUUACAACUACUCAGAGUCCCACGACUCCUACAACUACACAAACUCCCACGACUACUACGACUACUCAGAGUCCCACGACUCCCACAACCACACAAACUCCCACGACUACUACGACUACUCAGAGUCCCACGACUCCUACAACUACACAAACUCCCACGACUACUAUAACUACUCAGAGUCCCACGACUCCUACAACCACACAAACUCCCACGACGACUACAACUACUCAGAGUCCCACGACUCCUACAACCACACAAACUCCCACGACUAUUACAACUACUCAGAGUCCCACGACUCCUACAACCACACAAACUCCCACGACUACUACAACUACUCAGAGUCCCACGACUCCUACAACCACACAAACUCCCACGACUAUUACAACUACUCAGAGUCCCACGACUCCUACAACUACACAAACUCCCACGACUACUACGACUACUCAGAGUCCCACGACUCCUACAACCACACAAACUCCCUCGACUCCCACAACUACCCAGACUCCAACCACUCCAACAUCGUCAGAUUGUCCCAUCGAUUGUUCAGGAAAAGUACGUCUGCCAAAUCCAGUUGACUGUUCUAGCUACUACGAGUGUUACCAUGGUAGAAAAGCGUUGUUGCGAUGCUCCUCCGGGCUCCGAUACAACAGAGUAGCGGAUACGUGCGACUGGUCGUGGAACGUCGUGUGGAUAUGCAUUUUGGUGACCGUUGCCGCGGUGAUAGCUCUUUCCGAGGCUUUUAGCUGUCCAACAGAUACUCCGACCGAUAAAAUUGUCUACUUGCCUCACGAAGACUGUCACAAGUACUACGAGUGCAAAAAUGGAACUCCAAACCUAAGGGAUUGUCCAAACGACGAGAAUGGCGUGUAUUGUUUCGACAAGACGAACAUGAAAUGCGCCCCAGAGUCGGAAGUACCAGAUUGUUUGCAAGAUGCAUUACGACGACGAAAAUAUCGAGAUCUGCGUGAAGAAGAAUUCUUCUCCCACAACAGCGUGCUCCACAACACCGUCUCCCGCAACACCGUCUUCCUCAACAGCGCCUCUCACAACGACGGCAUGAAACGGUUCUACUUGUUGGCGAUUUUUGCCUCGACAAUUGUUGCCUCGGCGAUUGUUGUCUCAGCGGCUGACCAGAUCAAGCCGAGCUGUCCGUCGGAUCUUGGAUCGAACGGAGUUCAGUUCAUCCCUCACGAGAAUGAUUGUACUUUGUAUUAUCGAUGCACCAAGACGGGCAAAUAUGAGGAAUCGUGUCCGACCCAUGGCUCGUCGAAAUUAUGUUACGACGACAUACUGAAGAUCUGCAAUUGGGGCGCGAAAGUGUUAUGCUGCAAUCCCUUCCUACCAUCAUCAACAACGGUUCCCGGGCCGACUAUCAUACCAGGAAAUUGCCCAUGGAAUGGUAAAAGACCUCACAAAAACUGUCUGAAGUAUUACGAUAGCGACAACAACGAGGUCUGCUGCUUGGAAAGGCAUGUUUUCAACAGCGAUAUUUGCGAAUGCGAUCUGGCAAAGAACGUGAAGAACUGCAGACCGUCGAUAGAGGACAAGAAAGAAUGUAAGCGAACUUUAUUCGUUCGCCGAGCAAGUACUACUUGCGUACAUCAUUUCUCGAAACUCAUCGAAGCUCUCUCGUCGUUCGCAAUGAAACGCACGUGCAUUUUAGUGGUCGUUGCGACAGUGAUCGCCCUCUCUGAAGUGAAGGAGAUUUUGAGGGAGUGCCCGAUAGAGUGGAACAAAUUGGAAACGACUCACAUUCCACACGAGACGAAUCCCCAUUGGUUUUACAAAUGCUUUCUUGGAAAGAAGUACUUGAUGAAGUGUCCGGAAAACUGGGAUCCUCCGUUUGAAUUAUGCUACAAUCAGGAGCUGCAGGUCUGCGAUUGGCCGUGGAACGUUACCAAUUGUGGUGGUGGUGAUCCAGGCACAAUACCCACAAUACCCACACCCACACCCACGAUACCCACCCCCACGCCCACAAAACCCACACCCACACCCACAAUACCCACUCCUACGCCCACAAUACCCACACCCACGCCCACAAUACCCACACCCACGAUACCCACACCUACGCCCACAAUACCCACGCCCACACCCACACCCACGAUACCCACACCUACGCCCACAAUACCCACGCCCACACCCACACAACCCAGGCCCAAUCCUGGAAAAUGUCCAUCGGACAGUAGGUCGCCUCAUGAAACGAACUGCAAGAUGUACUACAACCCCGAUGGAACGACCUCGUGCUGUCUAGAAAACCAGGUUUUCAAUCCUGCGUUAUGCGUGUGCGACCGCCUUAUCAACGUAAAAUCGUGUAAACCAUCGGAUGCUGAUUACGAAAUGUGUAGCCGUUAACUAUA